UCAAUUCAAAGUUUUAUUGGAAAAGUAAAAUCAAAUAUUUUAACGUCGGCUCUCAAGACGGGUCACAACAAAUGGUGAAUAUAUAAACUCUGUUUGUAGCUAUAUAUUUACAUACAUCAUUUGUAAAAAAUCACCUUAAAUAUUCAAUACCAAAACAUUUAGUUUUCUUCUCUUUCGAAUAUUGUAAGAUCUACCACAAUGUCUUCUCAUGAUCUUGUUCACUUCGUCGUAAUACCCUUUAUGGCUCAAGGCCAUAUGAUCCCACUGGUCGACAUCUCUAAGCUCUUGUCCCAGCGUCAAGGCGUGACUGUCACCAUCAUCGCAACUACUCAAAACGUAGCCAGGAUCAAGUCCUCACUCUCUUCUUCGUCCACCUCUUCGAACAUCAACAUCGUUGAAGUUAAGUUUCCCUUUCAACAAGCCGGCUUACCUGAAGGGUGCGAGAGUGUAGACAUGCUAGACUCAACAGCCGAUUUGGUUAAGUUCUUUAGCGCGGCAAACACGCUUGAGGAACAAGUCGAAAAGGCUAUGGAGAAGAUGGUUCAGCCACGACCGAGCUGCAUCAUUGGAGACAUGAGCCUUCCUUUCACGUCAAGCCUAGCCAGAAAACUCAAGAUUCCCAAACUUCUCUUCCAUGGGUUUUCUUGUUUCAGCCUUGCAUGCAUACAAGUGGUUCGAGAGAGUGGGAUCUUGAAAGCUGUAGAAUCUAACGACGAGUAUUUUGACUUGCCUGGUUUGCCUGAUAGACUUGAGUUCACUAAACCUCAGAUCUCAGUGUUGCAGCCUAUUGAAGGAGUUCUGAAAGAGGGUACGGACAAGAUUAUUGAAAGUGAUAUUGACUCUUAUGGUGUUAUUGUGAACAGCUUCGAAGAGUUAGAAGUUGAUUAUGUAAGAGAAUAUAAGAAAGCAAGAGGAGGAAAAGUCUGGUGUGUAGGACCUGUUGCCUUGUGCAAUAACUUAGAGUUUGAAAAAGUUAAGAGAGGAGACAAGGCUUCCAUUGGUCAAGACCAGUGCCUUCAAUGGCUUGACUCGCAAGAAAAGGGUUCAGUGCUCUACGUUUGCCUUGGUAGCCUUUGCAAUCUCACCUUGGCUCAGCUCAAGGAGCUAGGUCUAGGCCUUGAGGAAUCUAAUAAGCCUUUCAUUUGGGUUAUUAGAGAAUGGGGAAAAUAUGGAGAGCUAGCAAAAUGGAUUCAAGAAAGUGGAUUUGAAGAGAGGAUCAAAGAUAGAGGACUUGUGAUCAAUGGUUGGGCACCACAAGUGUUCAUCCUCUCACAUGCAUCAAUAGGAGGAUUCUUAACUCAUUGUGGAUGGAACUCGACCCUAGAAGGACUUACUGCAGGGGUUACACUACUGACAUGGCCUUUGUCUGCUGAGCAAUUCUACAAUGAGAAGUUAGUUGUGAAGAUAUUAAAAGCAGGAUUAAAGAUAGGAGUAGAGAAACUCAUGCAAUAUGGGAAAGAAGAAGAGAUAGGUGUGGUGGUGAGUAGAGAAAGUGUGAGAAAGGCUGUCGAUGAGCUGAUGGGUGAUAGUGAAGAAACACAAGAAAGAAGAAGAAGAGUCAAGGAACUUAGUGGCUUGGCAAAUAAGGCUUUGGAAGAAGGAGGAUCUUCACAUUCUAAUAUCACAAUGCUGAUUCAAGACAUCAAGGAGAAAUCACAAUCUCAAAUAUAAUUAAUGGGGAGUUCGGUUAUUGUUUCUAAAUAUAUUUUAAAUCUUCACGUUAAAGAAAAAAAAUAAGUUUUUGUCAAAAACAAAGUUGAUUAGGCUUAGCCUUUUGUAAGAAUUAUUUCAGAAAAUCCGAAAAUAAUCAAAUAUUCUUACUAUAAUAUCAUUAAGGCCUAAUAUUGUUGAAGAAGUCCA